AUGAAUAUGGCACAACAGAACUUCGUCAGCUGGCUGGAUAAUAUACCCAUGAAAUGCGUGGCGACGGUCCUAGAGGAUGAUGCAAAAUUAGAGUUUCUUAUUCAGUAUCCAUUGUUUCAACCUUUUACGGAUGGUACUGCCGCAUUUCAGUUAGAUCUUCAGACGUUGAUGAGCGAUGCUAAGAAGUAUAAUUGGACUAGUGUAUCUAUGGUGGAAAUUGAUCAACAUUUUGAAGCCAACGGCACGGUUGAUUCGUUUAUCUACGAGGAGUGUGCUGUGAUUCCUGCGGUGAAACUUUCAGAGAGCCCGCUACAGGACAUAUCGAACACAGUCAAUCGAAGAGGAAGAGAAAGAGUACGUCCACACCGCUCCAGUACGAAAAAGCAUUGUGUGUUCUGCCUUAAUAACGGUGCCGAUGCAAGCAUCUAUCUGAACCACCGGUGCAGAAAUGGCCGGGGCGAAGUGACUUGCCCUACGCUUCAAACGUUCAUAUGCCCUUACUGCGCGGCGACAGGAUCUAAUGCUCAUACUCCGAAAUACUGUCCAGUUAAACCCCUCAUAACUCCGGAGGACUGUCAAAAGAUGGAGGAAACUUGUCGGAAAAACUAUGUGCUUUCACAAUACAAGAAGGAAAGAAGAAUUUCGGAAAGAAGCGCAUUGAACACUGCAUCGAAAAAAACAAGAUUACGCGUGUAA